UUGAGGUUGUGGGAUAGUUUUGCUGUAAGAAAAUUUGGUCAUCACAAAUCUGUGCGAUAUAUUUUAUAACACAAAUGCUCAGCCUCAAAGAGGGAAGAGGAUGACAUUUUCUCCCCCUGAGUUUAGACUACUGUACAUAGUUUAAGUCCCUUCUGGCCUAUUUAUAGUGUUGGCCCUUGCAACAAUGUCAUCUGUAACUCGACUCCAUCUGUUAAGUCAGAGCAUGUUGAAUGUCAGUUGCCAGAAACAGAAGCACUGCAGUUCAUUUCCUGCUGACUCUCUUACAGAGAGCCCCAUGGAGUUUGUGGGACAACCAAGACCUUCUGGGGCCUAUAGCUUCUUAGAAGUGCCAGGCCUCAGCUCCCUGGACGCGGACGAUGAUGACGGUGAAGUGGUUAUCGGCAUCAGGCCCAAAUCUUCUCCUCUCCCACGGAGAAGGAGCUCGGUCACUGACGAGGACUCGGAGCCUGAGCCGCCCCUCUGUGGCUCCAGGAGAGUGUCCUUUGCAGAUGCCAAAGGCCUCAGUUUGGUGCAAGUGAAGGAGUUUGACACAUGGGAUAUACCCAAGCUGCCAGGGUAUGGCUCUGAAGCUGAAGGUAAAGAGGCAGAGGAAUAUUUCCUAUCUCCUCACACUUUCUCUCUUCCAUUGUCUACGGAGGAGCUGUUCACCAGAGUGCGGGACCAGAAAGUGGAACUGGAGACAAUUGAGUUGGUUCCUGGGACCACAAUACUGAAAGGAGUGAUCCGUGUCCUCAACAUCUCCUUCAGUAAGGCAGUAUACAUCCGAACCACUUUGGACUCUUGGUCGAGCCACUUUGACCUCCUGGCAGAGUACAUCCCUGGAUCCAGUGACAGUCUGAUGGACUGUUUCUCGUUCAAGCUCACCUUAGUUCCCCCGUUCAGGGAGCAGGGAGCCAGAGUUGACUUUUGUCUGCGGUAUGAGACUCCAGAGGGGACAUUCUGGGCCAACAAUAACAACAGGAAUUACGUGCUCUUCUGUCACCAGAGAAUGAAAGAAAAUGUGAACAAGAAAAGCUGCCUUAAGACUGUCAGUCAGAACUUCUCCUCUGUGGAAAACAUUUCAGCUGUGGAAGCUUCACCUCAGGAAAAUAUUCUAGCAGUCGUGUCAAAACAGGGAGAGGAAGUGAAUAUUAUGAAAGCCAAGCAAAUCUCUGAUGGUCAGUCACUAACAUCAGAGGAAGAUGGACAGAAAUUAAAGGCCGAGAACAGACGAAACACCAGCCGAAGAAAUCGCAGAAAGGCUGCACGGAUGGCCCGGGUGAGGGACUACUUUGCUCAAAGAGAUGGGGGAGUGAAUGGUACUGAGAGGGAUGAAUCAUCUCCAGAAGCAAAACAUGCAGCACAAGAGGAAAGCCCAAAGGAAAAGCAGUCAGAUGUGCAAUCAUUUUCUGAGGAGAGCAGCAAAUCCCUUCUUGAUGCUCUACAUGAUACGUCACCAGCACAUGACAACACAUCUAACAGCAAGCCAGAGAAAUCUGAGAGCACUGAGAACAAUUUGGCUGACUCAGACACAUUACCAGGAGGUGAGAGUGCCACAGAUAUCCCAGACAACCCAUUGCAUUCAAAUAAUGAGCCUGCUCCAGCAGAGUGCCAAAAUAUCAACAAGUCUGUCUCCAAAGCUGAGGGGAAAAGUCAGAGGCAAGGCACAAGUUAUGAAUGUACUAACAACACCACAGCUGAACCAGCUGACAGAGUUAUUUCAGCAGUGAUCAGUGAAAGCCUUGUUAGCCAGACCAGCUGCCUCACAUUUGGUACUGUGAUGGCUCCACUGUAUCAUCAGGUGUUUGGCAGAGUGGGAAGUGAAAGUCAGAGUGUAGGUGACUGGGGAAAUCCUGUACGGGCCACACUGAAUAUUAGAGAUUUGACUCAAAGUUCAUGCACACCUCACACUGAAAGAAAAGAGAGUAGCUGCACUGUUCUGACAGAUGUUAGAAAUAACGAUGACAAAGUCCAGGGAAUUGUGAGGAAGCCUCAGGAAUUACACCAAGAACGCUUAGAUGCCACUUCAAAUAGUCCUCCCGCUGAAAAAAAACAGACAAGUUUGAGUGUGAUGGCAGAUGCCAUCCUGGACCAUACAGAAACUCUGCAUGAUCCAGAUGAAAUUAUACAGUCACACCAAAGACGCACAAAUACAUCUGAAGUUCCAAAAACUCUAUCUGGAGUUCCAGAAGUACAUCCACAUGCUGUGAACACUGUACAUACAGAUUUGCUGAGUCCACAUCUCCAGGGAGAAGCACAGGAAGACAAUCUGACAUGUGACCUCCAAAACCAAACUACAGCAGAAACAGCAGAGACCCAACUGCCAGAGCAUACACAUUCACAAAUUAAAACUAAUCAAGAUAAAACUCUUUCACAAACUGAAGCUCAAGAAGUCACGGUCAGUCUAGAAAAUUCAUUUUUGCCACUUCUGCCUUCCCAGAGUGAAUCACAGCAUGUUAGUGAUGAGACAGACCAACAGACCAGCGGUGGUGGAGAAAAUGACUGUAAGUGUUUAGAUGAGUCAAACAAAGAAGAUGACACUGGCAGAACUGAGGCAAUAUCAGCAACCAAUGCAUCCUUAGAGGCAGAUAAACUGUUAGGGCCUAUACAUGAUUUGAAUUCAAGCCAAAUCAAUCACUGUGCCACAAAAAAACCUGUGAAUGGCUACAUUUCUUGCUGUGAAAUUGUAGAGGAAAAGGAUUUCACAACACCUGAGACAUCUCUGGAAACGCAGGAAGAAGCCAAUAACAUGGAAGAACAAAAUAAGUUGCCUAACAAUUCCUAUGAGGAUGAAACAAAACAUUCAGCUGAAAUUGAGGCUAGUGAUGUGGCAGCUGAGUCAAUAACAAAAGCAACGAUAGGUAACCAUCACAAACAUGAUGACAUGUUUCUGAAGUUGAGAGAUGAAGACACUUUAAAAGAUGAACCAAAUAUUGUUUCAGAAAAAAUAGAGCAUCACCAAAUGGAAGCAGCUGUCUUAAAAGAGGAGGAUUUUAGUUUAGCAGACACUACUGAAGUGAAAAACUGGGAAAAGAUGGUUGAAGAGGAGGAGAAGAAUACAUUAAUAGAUCAAGAGGAAAGCGAGGCAGUGAGUUUAAGAGCAGACAUUGAAACAGUGGAGGAAGACCAAGUUGGGCAGUUGGGGGACGCAGGGAUAAUGACAACAGUAGAAUAUAGAGAUACGAAUGAGGGGGAAAAAGAGAAAACACAAGAAAACCUGGCAGUGGAGGUCACAGCUGCAGGAGAGAACGGGACCAAGGCUGAAGAUGCUGUGGGGUUAGACGACAGGGAGAGGGAAGACAUUUUGGAGAUUGGAGAAAAUAAAGCUGGAGGGAUGGACGUAGCUGAGGAGACUGAGGUAGAGAAAGAAAAAUACUUUACAGAGAUGCAAGAGGUCACUAUCAGAAGGAUCAGUGUUCAAGAAGAAGAGGAGAUAGAGGAGGAGGAAGACAUGGAAAUUGAUUUGAAGGAUGGAGAUGAAGCUGGUGUGGUGUGGGGGGAAAACAUAGAAGAUGAGAAUCCAAAUUACAAGGAGGAAACUCUAGUCAAUGAAGCAGGAGACACUGAGAUAGUAGACACAGACUCAGGGGGCAUGAUAAUAGAGGACAGGGAAGAUGAAGAGAGGUUAGACAUUACACAAAACAAGGUUGAGGAUAGUUUAUCUGCUCCGGUGAGCACUGUGCAGGACAAGAUAGUAAUUGACAAAGAAAAUACAAGGAAGGGGGAAAACACACACAUCCAAACUGAAAUGCAUCUUUACAAAGAGGAGGAUUUUCAAAGCGGCAAGAAAGUUACACAUGACCGAUCAAAAGCGGAGAGUGAAUCCUCUACUGUAGAGGGAGACUCAGACUGCAUUUUGCCAGAUGAACCUGAAAGUGACCAAACAAGCCACGACAGCGCCUCAACGGAGUCUGACUCAGACGAUGAAGUGGAGUUGUACAUGCACUGUCUGAGGGCUGUUCACACUGGGGCACAGGCCACUAAAGACAGGAACAAAGACACAGGUUUUAGUGUGGGCAAAAGGCCCUCUAUAAGCAGAAGCAAACUGCUGUCUACACCCAUGCCUUCCAUCAGUGAGUCUCUGGAUGAAGAACAACACCUCAGCUGCCUUCAGGACAAUCAUGAAGACAUCAACAUAGCAGGUAUCCAACCCUCAGCUCCAGCUCCAUCACUGUCAAGUGGACAGGAAAGUAUCAAUAAAAAUGUUUCCUGUUGGAGAGAAACUUUUUCCUGCAGCAAUAUCUCAAAAACAUUGUUAUACACUACCUUGUUAGUGAUAUUUUUAGUUGUAGCGUAUCAUUAUGAUUUUCUUGCCUGUUUUGGGCUCUACUUGAUAUCAGUGGUUUGGCUCUGCCGUCAAAGAGAGAGACCGCCAGUGAAGAACAACAACAAAAUGGGUUGAAUCAAGUUGUAAAACAUAGACUUCUGAGUUUGAUAUCCACAGAUGUCUGUAUAUGUUUAGUAGAUUUUAAACUCUCUAAAAUCAUACUUCAGUGAAUAGUAAUGGGCAUUGAUUUAAAAUAUAUAUGAUAUAUCUGAAUAAAUACUCUAUAUUCCCUAUGGGAGGAUGUUAACUCUCUGUUGUCAAGAGUAUGAACCAAUUUUCUACAUAAAGCUCAACUCAGCCAACAGGCUGUGGACCACUGCUCACACUGAUCAGUUCUGCAGAGUGUUAAUAAAACUCAUCAGUGUGCUGUGUGUAUGGAUGCCACCUAAAAAUCCUAGUAUUUAUGUAGGUUACACUUACUUUUCAUAAGUUUGGAAUGAAUACAUUUACUAUAGAUUAAUAAUUCAGUGUGUUCAAUGAGUUUUUAUCACUGUUGUGACAUUGUUCAUGGCUUUAAUAGCAGAGAAAGCUAGUUGGCUCAGAGUGGAUAGAAGUAGGAACAGAUUCAAUUCAAAUUUCUGCAAUUUAAUAUCACAUUUGUGUUUUUCUGUAAUAAAGUGGAUUGCACUGA